GGCAGGCGAUGGCGGCCGCGGCGGCGCUGAGCUCGGAGCGGCUGGAGGUCUCCAUCGACGGGCUGACCCUGAGCCCGGAUUCGGAGGAGGCCAGGCCGGGCCAGGCGGACCCCAGGCCGCUCGCCGCUGCCGGGGGCCGAAGCGGCCGGGUGGGGGCUAGCGUUCCGCCGGGCCAGGAGAUGGACGAGGUCCGCGACGAGGCCGGCGGCGACAGCGACGGAGGUGGCGGCGGCGACGACGGCGGCGACGACGGGGGGCUGAGCCUGGAGCGGCGCUUUGGCUUUGGCCUGGAGGAGUUGUAUGGCCUGGCGCUGCGCUUCUUCAAAGAAAAAGAUGGCAAAGCAUUCCAUCCAACUUAUGAAGAAAAGCUCAGACUUGUAGCACUGCAUAAGCAGGUUUUGCUGGGACCUUACAAUCCAGACACUUGUCCUGAAGUUGGAUUCUUUGAUGUUCUGGGAAAUGACAGAAGGAAAGAAUGGACUGCCCUUGGAAACAUGACUAAGCAAGAUGCCAUGACAGAGUUUGUAAAGCUCCUAAAUAGGUGCUGCCAUCUCUUCUCAACGUACGUUACCUCCCAUAAAAUAGAGAAAGAAGAACAGGAAAAGAAAAGGAGGGAAGAGGAAGAACGUAGACGACGUGAAGAAGAAGAACGAGAGCGUUUGCAAAAGGAGGAAGAGAAACGUAGGCGGGAAGAGGAAGAAAGGCUGAGACGAGAGGAAGAGGAGAGGCGGCGGAUAGAAGAAGAGAGAUUCCGAAUGGAACAGCAGAAACAACAGAUAAUGGCAGCAUUGAACUCUCAGACUGCUGUUCAGUUCCAGCAGUAUGCAGCCCAGCAGUACCCUGGCAACUACGAGCAGCAGCAGAUCCUAAUUCGUCAGCUCCAGGAACAGCAUUAUCAGCAGUACAUGCAACAACUUUAUCAGGUCCAGCUUGCACAGCAACAGGCAGCUUUACAAAAACAGCAGGAAGCAGCAGCCACCGCAGGGGCUUCAGUUACUUCUGUGUUAAAGGCAAACCCAGCUGCCACUGGUGAAAUCCCAUCUGUAAAUGGACAGGCUAGUGCACAUACAGACAGCUCUGAAAAAGACCUGGAAACUGAUGCUUUAGAAGAAGCACUGGAGAAUGGACCAAAAGAAUCUGUUCCAGUCAUAGCAGCACCAUCCAUGUGGACACGGCCCCAGAUCACAGACUUCAAAGAGAAGAUUCGCCAAGAUGCCGAUUCUGUGAUCACAGUUGGCAGAGGAGAAGUAGUGACAGUUCGUGUCCCGACACACGAAGAGGGCUCUUAUCUCUUCUGGGAGUUUGCUACAGACAAUUAUGACAUUGGUUUUGGGGUAUAUUUUGAAUGGACAGACUCCCCUAACACAGCAGUCAGCGUACAUGUUAGUGAAUCCAGCGAGGAUGAGGACGAGGAUGAAGAAAAUGCUAGCAGUGAAGAGAAAGCCAAAAAGAAUGCCAACAAGCCUCAACUAGAUGAAAUAGUGCCUGUGUACAGACGAGACUGUCAUGAAGAAGUCUAUGCUGGCAGCCAUCAGUACCCAGGGAGAGGGGUCUAUCUCCUUAAAUUUGACAACUCCUACUCGCUAUGGAGGUCAAAAACAGUUUACUACAGAGUCUAUUAUACGAGAUAAAGGUCUUGUUGUGGUGCCGGAGGCUGGGGCGGUGCAGAAGAUGUCAUGUUGUUUGGAACUUCCAUCAAGCAUACUGGACAUUUUUGACUCUGUUACCCUGUCUGAUGUAUCUGUAUGUUUUUUGUGUGUGUGUGUGUGUGUGCGCGCGUGUGUUAACUUUUGACACUGGGAUCUGGGCUUUCCUCUGCUGCUCAGUGUUAAUGCGGUUAGUGGGGUUAGGAUCUUCCCAGUCCUUUCUGGUUGUUCACCAGAGCUUAAGAAAGAAGGCCAAGCAAGUUGCAUACAUUGCGUAAAUUGACCUUUUAAAACCCCUUAAACUCUUAACACACACAUACGAGGGCAAGAUGUUUCCUUGGUGGCAGUCAGCCUGAUGUUGCCUGGCCUACAAGCUUUGACUGUUUAAAGACAAUAAAUCUGUUAGUUGUUCAUUGGAGGGCACCAGCCUUAUUUGUGAGGGUGGGAGUCUGAUGCAAUCUGCACUGUAGCAAGCAAGUUUCUUAAAGCUGUAUUUGAAUGUCAGAAUUUUACACCAUUAAACUUGAAACCUUA